AUGCCUCUUAAACUGCGCGGCUCGCUCUCUAAGAGCUGGCCGCGUGCUGGGGACAAAACUGCAGCCUAUUACUGCCCAUCCUGCGCAACACGGAGACGGACCCUGUCCACGCGUCGGAACGGCAUCGUUUCUUCCCGGCUAGAAGCUAACCAUCUCUCUUUUCCCUCCUCUCGUCCUAUCACUACAUCGUCUGUGAUCCACGCCCGACAUGUGCCACCGCGGUUGAGAGAGCUGUAUGAGGCCCUGAAUAAGAUCCAGGGUGUGGCUACGGAGCAGGUGAAUGUCAGCCGGUUGCAGCUAGCUUUGCGCGGAUUGGAGAGUGAAACACCCAUAAUCCGUGUUGCUGUUCUCGGUCUUAAUGAUGCGAUUGCCGCGCGCAAGCUUGUUCGCUUGUUACUCGCCGAUCCAUUAAAUACAAGAGAGAGUUGGGAGGAUGCAUUGGAUGCCUACGAUUCUGAUUCUACACAGGGCUUGCUAAUUCGAUACGGCGAAGUAUCAGAGUCCAUUCCGAACAACCUUCUCCCUACUAUAUCUGUGCCCUCCCCCAUCCUUAAGAAAGGCAAUCUCGAAAUCCUAGUGUCUACCUUGGGUGCUGAGACAGAGUUAUCAGAUGCGCAUUUCACGGCAGAUACAUUCCUUGUCCCUACAGUGACGAUCCCGACUUCACAUUCCGGCCGCCAUAAUGCCGUACGAUACCCAGUCCACAGAACGGUUGUUUGCGGCCGCGGGGUGGACGGAUUGGUGGCGUACAAUGGUUUGGUCUCUCGCGCAGACCUGAAGAAAGAGACAAGCUCAGUUUAUGGGGCUAUCGAUUUGGCAGUUACCGCCCCACAGAAAAGUAAUGACCGAAUCGCGUUCGUGGACAUCGACCGAGCGGACGAAGCCCUCGAGAAGUUCCGCGAAUCCGUGCAGAAUGCCUCUCUUUAUGAGCGUGGUUGGAAUGGAAGUGGCGUACAGACUGUUCAAGAUUGGCUGUCGUCGUUGCGGGCGGAGGGGGCUCUCGACCCCUCCCUCAAGUCUCUAAUCACAUCCCUGAUUGACGCCGCAGAGACUGGAGUUGCUGCCGAUGAGAACAGGUUAUUACAGGAUCAAAAAGCAGUCACACUUUCAGACGAGGUCCGGGAGAACCUAGACCGUUCGGUGUCUGAAUGGGCCGAGAGGGGACAUACAGAACUGCGUGGCUCACUCGAGGAAGGGUUUGCGACGAAGAAAUGGAAGGGCCUUGCCUGGUGGAAGCUCUUCUGGCAUGUGGACGACGUAGGCAUGAUCACGUCAGAGAUUCUGGAAAAGAACUAUCUGCCGCGUGCAGAGAAAGAAGUGAUCUGGACUGCGGGAAGAUUCAACCAGGCCGGCCUUGGGAUGCAGUUCAAGGCCGCCUCUCAACGAGCGGAACAACCUUCUGACGACAGCGAUAAACCUGAAUCCGAUGAACUGUGGCCGACUCAGAUAACCACGAGUCGCAACCGGCUACUAGACACGACGGUACCCUCCCUGCAGGCAAUGGCGCAGAGGCUAGUUCUUUUCAGCAUGUCAACCACUACCUUGACAUCCGCUCUGUCGGCACUGACAUAUGUCUCCGUCCCGACAGCGUCGGUGUACGAGACCGGCACAAUCGUCGCAGUUGGGUUAAUCUACGCCCUACGACGGCAACAAAAGCAGUGGGAAUCUGCCCGCACUUUCUUUGAAGACGAAGUCCGGGAGGAGGGCCGGGCAGCAUUGAUUAAGACGGAGGAGCACCUGCACACCGUCGUGCAAGAAGGUGGACCAUGGAACGAGGACGUCGGCGAAACUGAGGCCAGGAAGACAAUCGAUCGGGCAAGAAAAGCCCUGGAGCAGGUGGACUAG